GAGCGCAGCGAGCGGCGCUCCCGGUCCCGUGUGGCCGCGGCCCCGUGGCGCCGGCGGCCUGAGGGAGUGGCGCUCCCCGACAUGUCUGCCGGGCUCUCGGCGCAGGUGUUGUUUGGAUUGUAGCAUAGAGGCACUAUGUACUCAGAGUGGAGAUCCUUGCAUCUUGUCAUUCAAAAUGAUCAGGGGAAUACCAGUGUACUUCACAGCUAUCCUGAGAAUGUGGGGAGAGAAGUGGCAAAUGCAGUGGUGCGUCCUCUUGGACAAGCUUUAAUUACAUCAUCUGUUGGAAGUGAGAGUUUACUGAAAACAGACAAAGAAGUAAAAUGGACUAUGGAGGUGGUUUGUUAUGGACUGACCCUCCCUUUGGACGGCGACACUGUGAAAUACUGUGUGGAUGUGUAUACAGAUUGGAUUAUGGCUCUUGUGUUACCUAAGGACUCUAUUCCUUUACCUGUUAUUAAGGAACCAAACCUUUAUGUUCAAAGCAUCCUCAAACAUCUCCAAAACCUCUUUGUACCAAGGCCAGACCCGGGAUCCAGUCAGAUCAGACUGUGCUUGCAGGUUUUGAAAGCUGUCCAGAAGCUGGCGCAUGAGUCAACAAUUAUGGCAAGAGAAACCUGGGAGGUUUUGUUAUUAUUUCUUCUUCAGAUCAAUGACACUCUUCUAGCAGCUCCAACUGUGCAAGGUGGCAUUGCUGAGAAUCUGGCUGAAAAAUUAAUUGGCGUGCUGUUUGAGGUCUGGUUACUGGCUUGUACGCGGUGCUUUCCAACACCUCCGUACUGGAAAACUGCCAAAGAGAUGGUGGCCAACUGGCGACAUCAUCCUGCAGUAGUUGAGCAGUGGAGCAAGGUCAUUUGUGCCCUUACUUCCAGGUUGCUGCGUUUUACAUAUGGACCUUCAUUUCCUCCAUUCAAAAUUCCCGAUGAAGAUGCUGGUCUGAUUCCCCUUGAAAUGGAUAAUGAGUGCGUUGCACAAACGUGGUUUCGCUUUUUACAUAUGCUGAGUAAUCCUGUGGAUUUGAGUAACCCAGCCAUUAUUAGCUCUACCCCCAGAUUUCAGGAGCAGUUUCUGAAUGUGAGUGGGAUGACUCAAGAACUGAAUCAGUACCCCUGCCUUAAACAUCUGCCUCAAAUAUUCUUUCGUGCCAUGCGUGGAAUCAGCUGUUUAGUGGAUGCGUUCCUAGGCAUUUCCCGACCCCGGGCAGACAGCGCACCGCCCACGCCAGUGAACAGGCUGAGCAUGCCCCAGAGCACCGCUACCAACACCACUCCGCCCCACAACCGGCGGCACCGCGCAGUGACCGUCAACAAAGUGACCAUGAAAACCAGCACUGUAACUACUGCACAUGCUUCAAAAGUGCAGCACCAACCCUCUUCUACUUCUCCACUCUCUAGCCCAAACCAGACAAGCUCUGAGCCUCGGCCGCUGCCAGCUCCUCGCAGGCCAAAGGUUAACAGCAUCUUGAACCUCUUUGGAUCAUGGUUGUUUGAUGCAGCAUUUGUUCACUGUAAACUUCAUAAUGGAAUAAACCGAGACAGCAGCAUGACUGCAUCUUUUAUCCAAAUUCUUCUUUCUUAUAAAUCUUCUAUAGCAACGCAGGCUAGUGUGGAGUUCCGCCGGAAAGGAUCCCAAAUGUCCACUGACACUAUGGCUUCCAACCCCAUGUUUGAUGCAAGUGAAUUCCCAGACAACUAUGAAGCAGGAAGGGCAGAGGCAUGCGGGACACUGUGUAGGAUAUUUUGUAGCAAGAAGACUGGGGAGGAAAUAUUACCAGCUUACCUAUCCCGAUUUUACAUGCUUUUAAUUCAGGGUUUGCAGAUAGCAGAUUUCAUUUGCCACCCGGUUCUUGCCAGUGUUAUUCUAAACUCCCCUCCUCUGUUCUGCUGUGACCUGAAAGGCAUUGAUGUUGUGGUUCCCUACUUCAUUUCGGCUCUGGAGACUAUUUUACCUGACAGGGAACUCUCAAAGUUUAAAAUCUAUGUAAACCCCACAGAGCUAAGAAGAGCUUCUAUUAACAUCUUGCUGUCUCUGUUGCCUCUCCCUCAUCAUUUUGGAACAAUAAAGUCUGAGGUUGUCCUGGAAGGGAAAUUCAGCAAUGAUGAAAGCUCAGCAUAUGAUAAACCAGUAACAUUCCUGUCCUUGAAGCUGAGGCUUGUGAAUAUCCUUAUAGGAGCUUUGCAAACGGAAACUGAUCCCAACAACACUCAAAUGAUACUAGGUGCAAUGUUAAAUAUUGUUCAGGAUUCAGCACUGCUAGAAGCCAUUGGCUGUCAGAUGGAAACAAAUGGUGGUGAAAACAACCUCUUCAAAAGCCACAGUCGCACCAACAGUGGCAUCAGCACUGCAAGCGGUGGCAGCACUGAGCCCACGACGCCCGACAGUGAGCGGCCAGCACAGGCCCUCCUGAGGGAUUAUGCUCUUCAUACAGAUACAGCUGCUGGAUUGCUGAUCCGCAGCAUUCACCUGGUAACCCAAAGGCUCAACUCCCAGUGGAGGCAGGACAUGAGUAUCUCCCUGGCUGCCCUGGAGCUGCUCUCUGGACUGGCAAAGGUGAAGGUGGCGGUGGAUCCCGCGGACCGCAAGCGCGCCAUCAGCUCCGUGUGCAGCUACAUCGUGUACCAGUGCAGCCGCCCGGCCCCGCUGCACUCGCGCGACCUGCACUCCAUGAUCGUGGCGGCCUUCCAGUGCCUCUGCGUCUGGCUCACCGAGCACCCCGACAUGCUGGAUGAGAAGGAUUGUUUAAAAGAGGUACUGGAGAUUGUGGAGCUGGGCAUUUCAGGAAGUAAAUCCAAAAACGGUGAGCAGGAGGUCAAGUACAAGGGAGAUAAGGAGCCAAACCCUGCAUCCAUGCGAGUGAAGGAUGCUGCUGAAGCUACAUUGACAUGCAUUAUGCAGUUACUUGGAGCAUUUCCUUCUCCCAGUGGUCCUGCUUCUCCUUGCAGCUUGGUGAAUGAAACCACAUUAAUUAAAUAUUCCCGUCUCCCUACCAUAAACAAGCACAGCUUCCGUUACUUUGUUUUGGACAACAGUGUCAUCCUGGCCAUGUUGGAGCAGCCUCUAGGGAAUGAACAGAAUGACUCUUUCCCCUCUGUCACGGUGUUGAUCCGUGGGACAUCUGGAAGAUUUGCGUGGGCCCAGCAACUCUGUCUUUUACCAAGAGGAGCUAAAGCAAAUCAAAAGACAUUUGUACCAGAACCUAGACCAGCUCCCAAAAAUGAUGUUGGGUUGAAACACAGUGUGAAACAACGCCCUUUUCCUGAAGAAGUGGACAAGAUUCCAUUUGUGAAAGCUGACUUGAGCAUUCCAGAUUUACAUGAAAUUGUGAAUCAGGAACUUGAAGAGCGCCAUGAGAAGCUGAGGAAUGGCAUGGCUCAGCAGAUUGUCUUUGAGACUUCCAUAGAUCAGAGGAGUGAAGAGGAGUGGCGGAAGAAGAGCUUUCCUGAUCCCAUCACGGAGUGCAAGCCCCCGCCGCCAGCGCAGGAGUUCCAGACAGCGCGUCUGUUCCUCUCUCACUUCGGGUUCCUCUCAUUAGAGGCAUUGAAGGAACCUACUAACAGUCGUCUACCUCCUCACCUGAUUGCACUUGACUCUGCUCUUCCUGGGUUUUUUGAUGACCUUGGCUACUUGGAUUUGUUACCGUGUCGUCCUUUUGAUACUGUUUUCAUUUUCUACAUGAAGGCAGGCCAGAAAACUAGCCAGGAGAUCCUGAAGAACAUGGAGUCUUCCAGAAUUGUUCAGCCUCACUUCCUGGAGUUCUUGCUGUCUCUUGGCUGGUCUGUUGAUGUUGGGAAGCACCCUGGGUGGACUGGUCAUGUCUCAACAAGCUGGUCAAUCAACAGCUGCAGUGAUGAAGAGGGACCUGAACAAGAUGAUCUAACUAUCUCAGAAGAUGUUGGGGCAAGUAUCUUCAAUGGGCAGAAGAAGGUGCUGUAUUAUGCAGAUGCCCUGACAGAAAUCGCCUUUGUUGUCCCAUCACCAGUGGAAUCACUGACUGAUUCACUGGAAAGCAGUGUUUCUGACCAAGAAAGUGACUCCAACAUGGAUCUGCUGCCAGGAAUAUUGAAGCAGCAGCCUCUGACACUUGAACUCUUCCCCAAUCAUACAGACAAUCUUAAUCCCUCCCAGCGGCUCAGUCCUACUGCUAGAUCCAAGAGGAUGCCUCAGGGCCGGACCAUCCCCCCAAUGGGACCUGAAACCAAAGUCUAUGUGGUCUGGGUGGAGCGCUAUGAUGAUAUAGAAAACUUCCCCCUCCCUGAUCUGCUAUCUGAGACUAGCACUGGUGUGGAAACCACAGCCAAUAGUAGCACUUCCCUGAGAUCUACCAUUCCUGAGAAGGAAGUUCCUGUGAUCUUCAUCCAUCCUCUAAACACUGGCUUAUUCAGGAUAAAACUACAAGGAGCAACUGGGAAAUUCAACAUGGUUAUCCCACUGGUGGAUGGAAUGAUAGUCAGUAGGAGAGCUCUUGGUUUUCUAGUGAGACAGACAGUAAUAAAUAUUUGUCGGAGAAAGAGGCUGGAAAGUGACUCAUACAACCCCCCCCACGUCCGCCGAAAACAGAAAAUCGCAGAUAUUGUCAAUAAAUACCGGAACAAGCAGCUGGAGCCAGAGUUUUAUACCUCACUUUUCCAGGAGGUUGGGCUCAAGAACUGCAACCCCUAGGUCAUUAUCUUCCAGGACAAUUGGAUCAGAGGUUGGUGGCUACAUGAAUGAAAACAGUUAAAUAACAACAACAAAUUUUCUCAGCCCUCCGGAAUUCAGGAAAUCAUGUUCUAGCACAAGUCAGCAGAUACCACGUGGGAGGAAUGAGAAAUGAAUCUGAAACAUUGCAGUUGGGAUAUUGAAUUGAUUCACCUACCCUCAGAAGAUUACUGAAUUCUAGUCUUCCUGGAUGCUAGCAAAAUAAUCUCUUCACCCAGUCAUCCUUUCCCGACUAAUUAGGAACUGUAGGUGUCUUGCUCUGAGGGGAAAACAAUCAAAGUAAAGCCAUCUCUGCAUAUGAGGAUGGAAAUAAGAAUACAAACCAACCUGCCUUAGAUGCCUUGCUACACCCACGUGUCCAAGGGCAAGAGAGCAGGAUCUUUCCUUGGAGGAGGAGUCUGUUCCAGAGCAUUAACUUCCCCUAUAAGAACUUCAAAGACAUUUUGAGUCCCCCUUCAGUGCUCCACAGAAAAUCCUUCACUGAGUGUAACCCAUCUGUGUACCAGAAGCCAGAGGAGGAAGAUGGCUUGGAAGAAGCAGGCCCUGAAAGCCAAAAGCCCAGAUGCUGUAUGUGGCCACUCCCACCAGGGCUCCAAGUGAGUCCAUCUGCAUACGAGACAACCACCAUCACCUGAAUUAACUGACUUUCCAGAAAGAGUUAUUAUUGGAUAGAGCUUUUGAUUCUAGAAAAGCGAGGUUAUGACUUUCAGAUCUGUUGCAAAAUGUCACAUUUUAUUUCAGUAGCUUGAUUUUUAUUUUUUAAUUCUUUUUAUAAUGCAACUACUUAAUUUAUUUUCAAGUGUCUGUGUCACCUCCUCACCAUUUCCAUAAAAAGCAUAAACAUCACUUGCCUUCCUUCCAUUGGAUUGAAAUCUGAGAUUUUGGGACUGCCUCCUCCCUGUUAUUUAUAGCAUGAGCAGUUUUUGCAGCUUCUACAACACUUUUCAGAAGCUCCUGUUAAACAGACUAAACAACUCAAAAAGAAAAUUCACAAAUUCAUCUUUUCCCUAUUAAUUCAAAUGCCAUGAAAGCCCCUUUGGAGUUAUAAUUCACAUUGUUUUGAAUCUCCAGUAUGUUCUCACGUUUGGCAGCAGUGCUUCCCUUCCACCUAGAUCAGGAGUUUUCAUUUUCAGCCUGUGGCUUUGGUGUGUUCAGGACCCAAAGAAUGUGCUGGGAAAAGAAGUUUCCAGCCAGGGUUGGGGUCUCAGAGGUGUGGGGGGCGCAGGCAGCCCUGGGAGCCCCUCUGGGUCCCGGCCCAUCCCAGCUGCUGCAGCAGAGACAGAG